AUGUCUACCACGGAUGACCCCUUCUCCUUUCUGGAAAAUAGCGAACGGAAACCGACCAAGAAACCUCAUUGGAGGGAUAAACUGUUUUCGAAGGAUAGACAAAACAAAGGCUCGACUGACCAGCAAAUCGAAGCAUUUCUGGCCCCUGCCCGUUCGAAGUCAGUAUCAUAUGGAGCGGCCCCACCAGCUGCAGUCUCUCGAGGGCUGCCAAUGCCUCGCCUUGACGUAUCUCAGCGAUGGCCAACCUCCCAGGAACCCUCAAAUAUAUCCCCCAUCUCACAUCCUGCAUCGGCUACCGACCCACGCCCUCCAGUGGACUUCUUCAAGCCCCAGAAGACGCGCGCUCGGAAAGGAUUAAGGGUAAAGUUUAGCGACAAGCUUCCGGAGUUGAUCGGCGAGGGUGGUGAUGAAGCGGAGGCACCAACUAUGGAGAUAUCCCUUUAUCGCAAUCGUCGACAUGAGAGCGGUGACUCAACAGAUGUUCCCCACCUAUUGUCUGAGCUUCAUGUAGAGUCUUCCUUUGGAGAUGGCCAUCGCCCUAUCGCCCGCCAAAAGACACGUCAUAGAAAGGAUCCCGGCGACGGAGAGAGACAAGCAGAUUGGAAACCACCUCUCAUUCAGAAUACCCAGAAUUCAGAUCUCCUUAUGACGUUGAAUAUGGGUGGGAAAGGCUCUCGUUUAUCAUUUCGGGCCUCGCCUGAAUCCAACUCGUUCGCCCAACGUGUCCGGGCAAAAAUGCAGGCCGAGGAAGGCCGUGCUCUACAACACCAUUACAAUGAGCCGCCGUCCCCAGAAAAUGAGGAAACCGGGAGGCAGCGUGCUCCCGAUAUAGCACCGGAUAGCCCCAGUUCCUCGUAUGGGACGCCCCCCCUCUCUGAAACUGACGAGCCGCCAUCAUAUCAUCUUCGCAGCCCCUCGAAUUACACACCUGCCUCCCUACCCUCUGGGCUUACGCCUGGUAUACAAAAUCCCUCUCCUACGAAACCUCUCCCAGAUCCCACGGUCCAAUUUGUGGACAAACCAAACCACGCCAAACAGAGUCAUGAUGUUCCCAGAAACCCACAGGUGCCCAAGAUCUCUCUGCGGUCUGUUGCUCACCAGAUCGGUGACACUUCAUUUACAGAGCUCAAAGAAUACGUUGCGCAGUAUGGAAAUCAGAUAAGACAGUCUGCGGAAAAUGUGAAACCGUUGAUGGAAACCUCCCUUCCUGAAUGGAUGAGAGCUGCAGUGUGGUGGUUUCUGCGAGGGAAAAAGAGGCUUGAAGCGUACGCGCGUUCCUCUCGCCCUUCAAGCUCCAGUGGACGGCCUUCUCGACGUACCUCCCCGGAUGACGCGAAACAGGCAGUAGUCGAUCUUGGAAAAGCUUUGUGGAUUCUGGAUAAUAUCGUCCCCGAACAUCCGGAGCUGACGCGAUAUGGCGCGAUGGGGAUUGAUGCCUUACUCGCCGUAGCCAGCACGACUGGGGAUAGGCAACUGGCUGAUCUACUAAGCCUGCACCAAAUGCUCCUAAACCAUCUGCGCUCACUGGCGAUGUCCAUCAAACGUAAUAAUAUCAUCUCCACGGUCGGCUCCGAAGAAGAGUCAGCGACCCGGGGAGAUACUAGCGUAUGGCUGCGAUAUCCAUUUUUUGCGCCAGACGUCUCCGCCGUUCUUUCUGGUGCUACGACGAGGUCCAUGUUGAUCGAUAGGUCUGGAAAGUCACAAGAUUUAGUGCACAUAAUGCCUCUGGGUGACACGAAUCGGUAUUUCAGCUAUGGCACUAUGUUUGUGGAAGUCUACGUAAGCUCAAGUGAAGACGAUAGCCAGCAACAAUUUUCCAUUCCUUGCGCCUUAUCCAUUAUCCGAGAUCGGGGCGACUGGUACGUUUUCGCAGCUAUCACUAGCCAGAGCGAGCUGGUCAACGUAAUGAUCCAGUCAGAUCGAAAGAAGGGACCGACAUGGGAUAAUGUGGAUUGGCAAGUCCGGUCACAUUCGAUGCGGGUAAAGCUACCUCGUGGCUUUGAAUUAGAUGUUAUUUUCCAGGACGAUGAUUUCAAGACUCUCUGGAAUAUUGUCCAGUACACACUGAAGACGGAGGCUAGCCUCCAAGCAGAAGUGGGGGAAUCUAUGAUUUUCGAGAGUACCUUAAAAGUCUUUCAAUACAUGGACCCUGGUACACCGAAGGCAUUCCCUGCAGAACCGGUUGAGCGGUGCCGUCUUCGCUUAUUUGAGCGCUCGGUGACCGUGACAGAAGGCACUGGCACACGCAGUGUUCAUCAAGGUCAUCGAAUAACAGUACUUACCAGUCCGAAGGUCAAAACUCUUAGCAGCAUCCGUCAUAUAAUUGGACACAAGGAACCCAUUGUAUUUGGCUUACUUCGUGGCGAAGAUAGAGCCCCUGCCCUUCUGAUCAAGAUCAAGGAGGAUGGCAGGACGAGAUCCAUGGUAAUGACGUUCCAGGAAGACCACGAACGCACUACCAUGCAUUCCAUCCUUCUGGGGAUGCUGCCUGGGGAGACAGAGGUCAAGACGCCUGAUAUCCUGAUUCGUGCAUAUUCCAUAGAGCAGCCUGCGGAUCGAUUCAACGGCCAGCCGGCCAAGACACAUCUUCAAUUCCCUGCUGGUAGUGUGUCGGUGAUUGACCAAGAACAUGCCCUCGUCGACCAUGGGUAUGGGCCGACGAUUCUGUCAGAACACUUGCGUGCUUUUGUAGCGACGGAAUGGGGGUCCGCUACAGAUCGUCUUAAUCUCGGUCCGGGCGAAUUGAAACUAGGACUUGACAUCAACAAUCGUACAGGCCUAAGCUUGUUUCGACCUGGACAGCAGGAUUUGACCCUUUCUCUCGCGGACAACCUCACCUCACCAGAAAUGUUCGAUUCCUUGACAAAUUUUAUGCAAUUAGCCACAGUCAAACCAAUGGUGCGACGAUUUGAUUUUGCGACAGUGAAAGGCACGCCUUCUGACAUUAACUUUUUGCUGUUUGAUAGCGUUGCCUCUUCGUUCACAAUAUCACGCCGUCGGAUGGUGGUGCCAAUUACCAAGAAAUGGGAGGCGAGCAUGGCACGAAUCCAGAUUGUUCAACAGGAGAAGGUUGUGCAGCUGUUGGCGUACCUCAAUGAAUUUCACUAUGGCAAGUGCAUGAAUUUUGUCCUCAAGGGCACUGACACACUCGAGAACUUCGGUCGCGCUGGAAAAUUUGGGGUCAAAAUAGUCGACGCCAAAUUCGCACUACCAAAAAACGACAAUGACCCUACAUCUGAUUUCCUCUGCUUGGAUAUGCCUGAGUAUCCAAUUGAACAUGACGAUAUCUCCAUUGCCUUUGAUUCCGAGGCUGAAGAUCUUGUGCCUAUGAAUGAUCUUAGCGGGUAUGAUCAAGACAAGACGAAACACGUCUAUUCCCGUGCCACAGCCCCUAACUAUACUCGCUUUGAAACCAUCCUUUCAUCCCUCCUUAAUGGCGAUGUGAUCAGUUAUUCCUCCGGACUAUCGGCAUUGAAUGCAGCUCUUUUUUUACUGAAUCCCCGUCGGAUUGCAAUCGGGAAAGCUUAUCAUGGAUGCCAUGGUGUAAUUGCGAUGUUUGGACGUAUAUCUGGCUUACAGAAGCUGGAUUUGAACUGCCCUGCUGAACAGUUGGAAGCUGGGGACGUUAUUCUUCUUGAGACGCCUGUGAAUCCCGAAGGAAACGCUUUCAAUAUCGAAGAGUACGCGAAGAAAGCCCAUUCCAGGGGAGCGUAUCUUAUGGUGGAUAGCACAUUUGCACCGCCGGGCCUCCAAGAUCCAUUUGAAUGGGGAGCCGAUUUAGUGAUGCAUUCCGGGACGAAAUAUCUCGGCGGACACAGCGAUGUCUUGUGCGGGGUCCUGGUGACACAGCGCCCGGAGUGGGCUCGGCAAUUGUCAAAGGACCGGGUAUUCUUGGGUAGUGUCAUGGGAAAUAUGGAGGGCUGGUUGGGAGUGCGCAGUCUACGGACACUUGAAAUUCGAGUGCAGCGGCAGAGUGAGAGCGCAACGAAUCUUGUGUCUUGGCUGGAUAAUGCGCUACAUGUUUCCAAUCCUGCCUCCGGGAGCGAUGAAGCUGCGACACAGAGCGUCCUUCGGCAGGUGUUCCACGCAAGUCUACAGAAAGACGAUGAAUCCUGGUUGCUGAAGCAGAUGCCCAAUGGAUUCGGGCCUGUGUUUUCGAUCACAAUGAACGAAGAAGAUUUUGCUCGAAAGCUUCCGAGCAAGUUGGCCUUCUUCCAACAUGCUACUAGCCUGGGUGGUGUCGAGACCCUGAUAGAGUGGCGUACGAUGAGCGAUGCUACUGUUGAUCGACGCCUGCUGCGAAUUAGUGUCGGAUUGGAGAACUGGGAGGAUCUUCGGAAUGAUUUGGUAGAUGCAUUUCGGGCCCUGGUUGCGGAACGUACAUAG